UUUAAAAAUAAUAGGUUGAUUAGGGACUUCUCUUUGUAAAUAAUAAAUAAAUAAAUCCUCUAUAAGAUAUUAAACGGUUGCCUUUAAAUAGGGAAGUCAUUAUGUAUGUAUCUUAUCUUUGCAUUUAAUAAUCUAAUCUUUAGUUAUUUGCAAUCUAAUCAAUCGAUAAUGCCUGUGUAUUAUGAAGUUUUACAGCAUAAGUAUCAAAUGUGUAUAUUACUAACACCUGAAAAGGAUGCAAUUACCUACGGGCAACGAUAAUUCUAUUUCACUUUAUUUAUUAUCAACAAAGCAAUGCCUUAGAUAUAUUUUUCGUAUUAUCAAAAGAUAUCAAUUAAAACAACAAUUAGCGAUAAUCGUAAUCAGUGAUCACUGAUUCAAAGGAGUCAGUUUACGAUUGUCAAUUAUUCAAGCAGUUCAUUUGCAAAAUGGCGGAGAAAAUAAAGAAAAAACCUGCCCUUUUCUCUUUGAAAAGCUUUCGGAGUGUCAAAGAUGGUAACAUAAGUCCUAAGACCCCGUCGACACCUAAUGGACAGGAAGUGAAGUUUUUCUCAUCGAAUUCUGUUAACAAAUAUGCGCAAAGUCAGGAGCCGCGGCCUAGAUCGGCAUCGGCGGCUGGGAUCAAGGAGUUGGUUCAAUGCGCGCUGUGCCUGGAGGUGCUUCACAACCCGAAGAUGCUACCGUGCCAGCACACAUUCUGCAUGGCUUGCUUGGCAGUCUACGCUGGAAAUUCGCCUAUCUUAGAGUGCCCAAUUUGCCGAACGAAAAUUCAAGUCACCAGCCCAAACUACAUCAGCGACUUGCCUUCAAACUUGUACAUAGACUCGCUGCUUCAACUAGUCGGCAUCAGCAAUGGAAGCGAGAAGGUUGCCACUCCUCCACAGACGCCUUUGAUACCAGGGAUGCAGAGUGUCGAACUUUUUGCAGCGGGAGUGAGGUGUACACAGUGUCAGACUAUGUGCGACAGCAUUGAUGUUACUGCGUGUGAACAUUGCAAGAUGAAUUUCUGUCGCGUCUGCUGGUCUCAGCAUUUGGACGACAUGCGGACCCAAGUGGAAUCUAUCCUUAAGCAGCUGGAAGCGACCUCUCAAAGGAUGGAACACAAAGUGGAAUAUUACAAGGACCGCUGUGAACGCAUAACAGAACAAAUAGUCAUCACUGCAGACGAAAAAAUCAACGCUAUCAUCGAAAACAAAGACAAGCUACUCAAGGAAGCUUCAGAACUUCAAAAAUGUGGGGAAAUGUCAGCUUUAGCCCUUAAGAGCUCUUUGGAAGAAGCCCGAGAAGUAGCAAAGAAAACCAUGUCACUGAAGGAGCAUGUGGAGGAAAAAACGAAGGUAUCCACCUACAUGAACCUGCAUCAGAACGCCGUCCAGCUUCUCUCAGACGUUUCCAAAUGGGACUCGGAAAGAUUCGUGUUCGACAAGGAGAACUUCCGCAUCGAGAUGGACUCAGCUACUCCUCUAGAGGCUGAGUCAGAUGAGCCGCUGCCCGCUGCUGGUUGGCAGAACAACCCCUUGGAGAGUGAAGAGAGCUUGACGUUACACUACAGAUCCCGUAACUUCACUCCACACUAUGUCUGGCGCAAAACCGCGCGUCCCUGCGGCGUGGGCAUUAGUCCAUGGAACAACCAUCUUUACGUUUGCGGGAUGGACACCCACAGUGUAUUGGUCGUCGAACGGACCCAGGCCAAGAUAGUUACCAGGCUGACGUGUGAAGAAAUGCUGUGCCCGGUGCACAUCGCCUUUAUGAAGAGCUUGGGAGAGAUUUAUGUCACAGACAAAUGGAAGCACUGUGUUCACGUGUUUACGAAGGACGGCGAGUACGCCCGUUCUAUCGGGCAGAAGGGCAGUCGAGUCGGCAUGUUCCGUUCUCCAGAAGGCAUCGCUGCUGACAAUGCCAGUCAGCUGCUGUAUGUGGUAGACACUGGGAACGAUCGAGUUCAGAUCCUUCAUCCCGACGGGAAAUUCGUCGAUCAAAUCGGCGUCAUGACAAAGCUCCAAACCGUCUACACUACCAAAAACUUGGAGACCAAAGAAGUGACAGUAACAGAGCUGAAUGCACCAACCAGCGUCGCUGUCACCAGCGAUCGAGUUGUCGUACUAGACAGUGGAAAUAGAAGAGUCAAAGUCUAUAACAAAGCUGAUAAGAGUAAAAUUAAUGAAUUCGGUUCUGUAGGUCAGAGGAAAGGACAGUUCAGGCAGCCUGAAGUUCUAGCCGUGGAUCCGAUGGGCUUCAUUCUUGUAGGGGAUUCUGGGAACUGUAGAGUGCAGGUGUUCAAGCAGAAUGGUCAGUUGGUACGCGCUUUUGGUGGGUUAGGCACGGAGGCGGGGAAAUUUGGAUGGAUUUCGGGAAUCACUGUCAGUAAACAGCUGGAUAUAAUCGUUAGUGAUACUAAGAAUCAUAGCGUCAAUUUUAUUUAACUCUUGUAUCGCUUGUCGCAUAUAAAAUUGAUGAUGCCAGUAAAGCCAACCUAAGGGAUAUGCGGUGAAGACCUGCGUGCGUAACUAUAACAUAUAAUAUUUUUGGUUGGGAAGACAUGACAAAAACUCUCGUACUUGUAUACAUACAUUACGUACACCGGUCAGACAUAGAAAGGAAGAGCUUCGCUCCUUCUGUAAGUGGAAUAACCUCGUAAGGCCCAAGGUCCUACCUAUAGGACUUAUUCAGUUCGAUGAAAUUUAAAUCAUAUUCAAUUAGGACAGAGUUGCAUUUGUUUUGUUUCGUGCAAUUUUCAAACAAAAUAAAAUCUACUGUAUUCCGUGCACUAUAGGUUCAAAUUCCAGUGGCAAAUUUUGGAUUUUUCAUUUCUAUGGCUGGGCCUUAAGAGGAUAUGUGUACACACGCAAGAGUUAUAAGCGAUGAAAAAGCUUGAUAACGGUAUUAUCUGAGAGACGGUCUUUACCACAUUGAACUUACAUAAUACUCACGAUCGUGCUUGCAGCCCUACAAGAGCAGGAGGCAACUAGAUGCUAGACUGAGAUGGCAAUACCUCACUUUCGCAGAUAGCUGUUGCUGUAAAACUGCAGGGACCAUGAUAGGUUUUACAUUCUAAUAAUAUUGCCUUGCCUAUAAAAAAAAUUGCCUUGUGUAUAACAAUAUUUUUAUUUCAUGUGUACAGAAAAUAAAUUUGCAUUAAUCUUAAAAAUAUUUUUUAAUAAGUGGGAUUGGAUGCAUUUAGUAAAUUAAUAUAAUAUACUCAUUAUUCAUAUAUGAUGAGGGUCAUAAAAAAACUAUAUUAACUUUAAUUACCAGUGAUUAAUACAAUCAAAAUUGACUAAAAGAGGCCGUGUUACAACUUAGAAGACUUAAAAUAGAUGCACUGAGAAACAAAAUCACAGAGAUUCGACUUAUAACUAAAUUAUCUAUAAAUUUAGGCCCUAAGGCUUUAUUUAAACGGUAUUAUUUUGUUUAACGUGACUACUGAUAUCUAAUUCUACUAUAUUAAUAAUCUUAGGGUACUUCCAGUUAUACUUGAAUCAAAACUAUCUGAUGAAGAUGAUUUGAUUGAUUGAUUAAUGAAGUAAUAGAAAUUAUGUGCGGCACGGGUGCGAACGAGAGAUCCGAUAUACUAUCUGCUUCAUCUUCAUGCUCAUGGUCAGAUGGUUUUGAUACUGGUAUAGUUCCAAGCUGAGGGGUCUUCAAUAACCUCCUAAGUUCCAGUCAUUUCGAAUUUGGAACCUUUUUUAUUUCAUUAUAGUUUAAAAUUCGAUUUGAUUUUGACAUUUUAAAAGGACAUCGGGACUUAGGAGAAUAUAGUUGAUUAUUGGGCAAAACAUACCUAUUCCAGGGAAAUAUAGGGAAGUACCCUUAAUGGCGGGGCGUCCAUAUUGAAACUGAAUUCUAACCUAGAAAUUGACCACAAAGAAUGUAAUAACAACUGCCAACUUUUGUAGCGUUUUUGAGUCAAUGUGACGCCUCGCCAUUAAUAGGAAUUUUAGAUAUUAUGUUUGGACGAUACUUCUACAAUUCCGAUUCAUGUAAAUAUCUAAAGGGUUUUCUACAUGGUCUGCAUAACAGAAAGACAUGUACGAUAUAGGAAUUAGGAGAUAGACUCAAAAGUAGUCUGUCUCACUCUAACAUUUAUAUCUUACGCCACACAAUCGACAAUGUUGACUGUUUUUUUGCAUAGAUUUGUAAAAUCCUAAACGCACUGCUUGAAAAAAGAAAAAGAUGAAUUCAUGUAAUAUUUGGACAUCUAUCUGGCCAUAUAUAGCAAACCAUGUGACCUCUAACAUUUAGAACUACUUAAUAAAAAUAUAAUGAUUUAUAUUACAAAA